CUCUAUUUGUUUCAUUUUGGAACUGAAAAUAUUUACACUUUAUAGUAACAAAUCGAAAUGUUACUUUUCGUAACUGGCAACAUUGCGAUUUCUGGUUGACGUUUUCCUUUCCGCUGACAAAAUUAAAACCCACUCGUUUUCGUGUUUGUAUAAAUAAGAAAAAUAGUUAAACAUGCAUAAAAAGUGUUACGAAAGUAGAUCUAUGCGUAUUUUAAAACUGGUUAACAAAAAUAACGAGGAGAAUAACAUUAAUUCUUAUCAUGAAAACAAAGAAGACGGCGACGACGAAUUGUGCAACAGUGAUUCUAUUCUAUCAGAGAGUAACCGCAUAGUACUUACUUUUGAGAAUACUGUCUUGGAAGAAGGAACUAGUUCACAAAUAGUGCAUCAUAAUAAUCUGUUAAACAAUGUUAUAUUAGCAGAAGAGUCAGAAGUUGACGAAGACUUUUCAGAUGGUUCAAAUGACUUAUACGUUCCUGAAUCCUCUGAUAUUUCAACAGACGAAAUUCCUGAAGCUCCUCCUCAAUCUGUUGUCAGUAUUACAACAUUAAGUUCAAGACAAGAUGAUACAACCAUUCAUGCUCCAGUGAAAUCUAAAAAACGGCUGCGUCAGCCUAUGAAUUGGCAUAAAAAUAUUAGAAAAAUAAAGCGUAAUUCUGGCCAAUGUUAUACAACCAGCUCUGGUAAAGAAAUUUCUGGUAAGAAAGUAAAAAGUAGCUGUACUGAAACAUGUAGGCUUAAAUGCUCAUCAAAAAUAAGCGACAGUGAGAGGCAACAAAUUCAUUUGAGUUACUGGGCUCUAUCAGAUGUUGAAAAACAACGUGAGUUUUUAGUUAGACAUAUUGAACCUAUCAAGCCUAAAUAUACAAUGAUAAAACCUGGAAGUAAGAGAACAUACAAUAAUGGAUAUUACUUUAACAUACAAAAAAAUAGAGUGCAAGUUUGCAAGACGUUUUUCAAAAAUACAUUAGACAUAAAUAAUAGAGUCAUACAUACAGCUACAAAGAAAAUAUCAAAUACUGGGUUUCUAGAGAAAGAUAAAAGAGGUGGCCAUAAAAAUUCUGGUAGACCAAGAAUUGAAGAAGAAAGAAAAAAUUUUGCUAGAAGGCAUAUAGAACAAUUGCCCCUCAUAGAUUAGACUACUGUCGAGCACGAACUCAAAGAAAAUAUUAAAACGGGGAUUUGAAUUUGUCAGAAAUGUACAGAUUGUAUCUUAAAAAGUGCAUAGAAGAAAAUAUUCAACCUAUUAAAAAACAUCUGUAUGAAACCAUUUUUAACACUGAGUACAAUAUCUCAUUUUUUCAACCGAAGAAAGAUAUCUGUGGGUUUUGUGAUAAUUUUAAAAAUCUAUCCGUUGAAGAAAAGCAACAGAAAGAAGAGAGUUAUAAUUAUCACAUCAAUGAGAAGAAUCAAAGUCGCAUA